AUGGUAAUGGCGAGACUCACUGACGAUGUCGACUACGAUGCCGGCGAAACGUCUGAGGAUGUACCACGUCCAUGGCCCUACUCUGGAAAUGAUGAUGCAUACAAUGGACUCCGGACUAGGUGUGUUCCUCUAAGUCUUCAUACCAAUAUGACCAAGUUGCGGAGACAAAUAUUACUGUUCAAGGGCCAUUCAAGCUUUACCGCAAACUCAGAAGUAACGUCCGGGGAUUACACAAAAACUAAGAUUCAGUAUAGCCUCCAUCCUUUAACUUCUUAA